GAGUUCCUGAGUCACUUAAAUGGAUACCAUCUACACAUACCAUCGAUCUGUCAUCAUAGUUCACUUUGAUAAUAUCAACACCAUCAAUAGAGGUCAACAACCGAUUAUAUUCCGUAAUAUCAUUACGUACAUGAUCAACUGACGAUUUAGUGCCACGAACAAGAAGAGGAGACAAUGUUGUUAAUGCUAAUGAAGAUUGAGGAUAAGAUUUUUUGAACGACUGGACAAGUAGUUUUGUUUUGUCUAAUGCAAUACCAGGGUCGUCGUGUUUACAGAAGCUUAAAGUUGAUUCAGCACAAAUAAUAGAUUCAGCAAAUGAAAUAGAUAGUGGGGACGAACCAGAAGCACAACAUAACACACGCGCAACAAAAGAAAAUGAAAACGAAAACAUUUCCAGAUUCCACGAUGUGAUAGACCAGGUAAUGAGUAUUCUAACCCAGACUUGCUUAUUGGUAAAUUAAUACAAUAUUUGCCAGUAGAGUAUUUCAGUUUAAUUUUUUCAUGGUUCAGGCCUAUUUCCAACAUUAUUUCCCUAUGGUGUAGGAGGCUCGGAAGAUACUUCAAGAAAGACAAAAGUAUCAUUCAAGAAACAUGUGGAAUAUUUGUUAUCGUAUCACGACAGAAGAUUCGAAGAGCAUUAUUCGUUUAUGUAUGCUGUAUUUAAUAUGAUUCAAAGACCAGAUGCAUGUCAACAAGCUCGGCUAAUUGUAUCAAGGCCAUAUUUUAAAGAUUAUGCAAGCCAGAUUCAGUCAUUAACAACCAAAGAUCUACGAGUGGCAUUAACAAGUAUCGUAAGUAAAACCUAUUCCUCAAAAGCUAAUCCACGUUUAGACAUACUACUAAAACAAGUCAAAGCUGUUGCUGGUCAUGUUAUGGGUUCAGAUCACUCCCGUGCUGAAUUAAGAAUCGAAAUACAUUCAUUAAUAUACAAACUAGGUCUACCAAGUAUAUUUAUAACAAUAAAUCCAGCUGAUAUACACAGUCCUAUGCCUAUGUAUUUUGCUGGUGUUAAUAUGGAUAUUGAUGAAAUACUAUCAAAUAAUUUCCCAUUAACUGUUCGAAAACGAGCAGAACUUAUUGCAUCACAUCCUGCAGCAACGGCCAAAUUUUUUAAUCAUUUAAUUCAAACAGUCAUUGACACUAUGAUCAGCGGUGAAGGUGUACUUGGUUCGACAAAAGCUUAUUAUGGUACAGUUGAAAGCUCUGGUCGUGGUUCUUUACACUUACAUAUGUUGAUAUGGUUGGAUCACGAGUAUGCGCCAGCAGACGUGAAACAAAUGAUUAAAGAUAAAGAAUUUAGAAAGAAUUUAAUUGAAUAUUUAGAAGAUAUUAAUAAAGAAGAUCUUGACCAGUUUCAAAGUGUGAUAGAAAUGAGACGAAACCAUCCGUGGAUUAACAAUUUUAAUGAAUGGCUCACAACAGCAAUUCGAUGUAAUAUGGAUAUCAAGUAUAUAUGGUCAGCAUCAGAUGCUAAAGCUCUAGUGUACUAUAUAACAGACUACGUAACAAAAUCAAGCUUAUCAUUUUAUGACACCUAUUCAUUGAUGUUAAAAGGCCUGGAAUCGAUCGAAAAUAGCGAUAUAAGAACAACAGACGUUCAAGAAAGAUCGCGGCGUUUGGCUCUUCGAUGUUAUAAUACCAUCGCUAGUCAGCAAGAAUUAUCGGGUCCACAGGCGGCUUCAUACCUCAUGGGAUGGCCGGAUCACUAUACAAACGAAAAAUUCGUUAAGUUGUUUCUGAUUGGCAUUGAAUGUCAUCUACAAUUAUGUCUAGAUGAAUUUAAACCCAAGAAUAAUUUACAACUGGCUACAACUGACAUUGAUGAAGAGCCAGCAAUUGUAGAAAUUGAUGGUGCUGGAAAUAAAGUUAUUGAAAAGGAAGAAGAACAAUUUAUCCUUGAGCGCACAAAUGAUAAAACUAAGGCGCCGCUAAUUCAAAGAGUGACUUGA